AUGUUCUUGGUGGCGACGCAGCCGGACACCCAAAUGGCGAUUCGCUCCGAACUCGUCGAGUCGGCUCUCGUUGAGCUACAUAAGUUGCACCAGCCUCUCCACCACCGGGCGCGGAAACAACAUGGCGUCUUCGGAACGCUGCUACACUUCGCCCUUAAGGCCGUUCCCACCCUCCGCCUCAGCGCCCCAACCCCCGAGUCGUCGUCCAAGAACGCGCAUAACGGCAAGCUUUUACAAGCGACUCGGCUCCUUGAGGAAUCCGCUCGGCAGAACAACUCCGAUGCCCUCUACAUCCUCGCCGAGAUGAACUUCUACGGCAACUUCUCGAACCCGAGGAAUUUCCCGGCGGCUUUCGAUUACUACCGUCAACUAUCAUUGCUCAAUGGCAACAGCUCAGCGCUGUACAUGAUGGGGUUGAUGUACUCGACGGGUAUUGGGGGAGCUGUGGAGCGCGAUCAAGCCCGAGCCCUCCUCUAUUACGGCUUCGCCGCAAACAAGGGCCAUACAAGGGCAGAGAUGACGAUAGCACAUCGACACCACACAGGAAUCGGGGCACCUAAAAACUGCGAAAUGGCUGUCAAGUAUUACAAGCGGGUGGCCGACAAAGCCAUCGCGUGGUACCGUUCGGGUCCCCCAGGGGGCAGGAGCUGGGUCACAGAAACCUACCGGAUCGCUGAUGAGAGUGGUGGCGCUUACGGAGAAGGCGCUAGCGUCGCCAGUGCGGGUAACAACGCUCUCAAGGCACACCCCAACUCGGACGCGUAUGCCUCCAUCGAAGACAUUAUUGAGUAUCUCGACCUCAUGUCGCAGAAGGGCGACUUCAAGGCAUCGUUCAACCUGGGGCGGAUCUAUUACGAAGGCCAGAGGGGCCUCGAUAAGAAUGUGCCGUUGGCCAGAAAGUAUUUCGUUGACGUUACUCAAAAGUACUGGAGGAAGAACCGCCCUGUCGAUAGCCCCAAAACGGGGUUGGAUAAGACGGCGGGCAAGGCGGCAGGGUUUAUCGGACGGAUGUACAUGCGCGGAGAAGGAGUUGAACAAAACUUUGACCGUGCCAAGUUCUGGUUUGAGCGUGGAGAUAUCCUGAAAGACGCCCAAUCUCAGCACGGCCUGGGGCUGCUGUACCUCAACGGAUACGGCGUCAAGGCGGACGCGAGUCAAGCCAUUGACUACUUCAAGACGGCCGCCGCCCAAGACUAUGGGCCCGCACAGGUGCAGCUUGGAUACCUCUACCUUGACCACGGGAGUAACGAAGACGUGGCGACUGCAAACCAUUACUUCGAGCUUGCCUCACGGUGGGCCAACAUCGAGGCCUAUUAUCACCUUGCCGAAGCCAACAAUAUCGGGGUGACUCACGAGAGAUCGUGUAGCACGGCUGUGUCCUACUACAAGCAUGUGGCCGAGAGGGCCGAACCGCUUGUCUCAUCAUGGGCCGAGGCCAAUCUGGCAUAUGAGGCCGGCGAUACAGAGCUGGCGCUUCUUCAGUACUUGGGUGCUGCUGAGCAGGGAUACGAGAAGGCGCAGAACAACAUCGCUCACAUUCUCGAUCCCGCCAAAUCCCGCCUACCCAUCGCCCAGCUACUCUCCCACCAGCCAACCGCGGCCAUCCUCCAGGACCCAACUCUGGCGCUGAUAUACUGGACACGUUCGUCCCGCCAGGGAAAUAUCGAUGCGCUCGUCAAGAUGGGCGACUACUACCUGUACGGGAUUGGCACCGAUGCCGAUGUGGACAAGGCCGUUCAGUGCUACACCGGGGCGUCCGAAUACCACCAAAGUGCGCAGGCGCUGUACAAUCUCGCAUGGAUGCACGAACAUGGCAUCGGCCUGAACCAAGACUAUCAUCUUGCGAAGCGCUACUACGACGCCGCGCGGGCGACGAACGAUGAGGCCUACCUCCCCGUCUCGCUCAGCCUGCUGAAGCUGCGGGCAAAGAGCGCCUGGAAUACCCUCACGAACGGCAGGAUCAACUCUAUUCAAGACGAACCAGCGCACAAGAAGGAAUGGUCCCUCACGGAUUGGAUCAACAAUUUCCUACAGGACGACAACCCCGAAUACUACGAUGACCUGUAUGAGGAGUACGGAGACGGUAUGACGGAUGGGGAUGAGCUGGAUCUCAGCGAUGAUGGACUCUUGGAAAGUGUCAUGAUCCUCGGUCUGGCCGCCGCGCUGGUUUUCCUACUCAUGUACCGCCAACAGCGGCAGCAGGCGGCCAGGCGACAGGAGGAGGCGAGGAGGCAGGCGCAACAAGGAGGCGUUCAGGGAGGGGCAGCCGUUGGAAACCAACAACAGCAACGGCCGCAGGACGGGGGAUUUUUCCCGCAACCGGGGGAUCCAAAUUUUGGGCAGUGGGCCGCUGGAGGGGACUCAACCACCACUACCACAACCCUCAAACACCUCUCCACCUCUCCCACCACUCUCCUCACCCAACUCUACAACUCUCAACUCACCCUCACCAGCACCCUCCGCGCCACUCAAGCCCGCCUCGACCUCGCGCGCCAGGCACAGCGCAUCGAUGAUGAUGGGGUGGGGGAGGAUGAUGAUGGGGAUGGGGGUACGGAUGAGGGGAAAGAAGAGGACGAGGAGGAAGAGAGUGGGGAGUCGGAGUUUACAAUGAUGAUGAUGCUCAAGAGCCUGAAUAUUGAGCCCGAGGUGUUGGGAUACGACCCGGUUGAGGAUAAGUGGCUAGAUUGA